GCCCCGCAGUUGCUCCCAGACCACUGACACCCCGCUGGGACUCGCCCAUAUAAAGCCAGCGCUUAUGUGCCUUCCGAGACGGGUGUGAGCUAUGGGUCGGGACCGAAGACGAAGAUGGAGAUAGAGUAUGUGGCGGCUAGGCGCAGGAAACCGCGAAGGCAGUAUAGCGCCGGGUUAGAAUCGUGAACGGUUCUCCUUCCUCAAGCCCCGUCGCCCUGACAAGAAGCUCAAUGAAAAAGAAAAAAGAUGGGAGAAGCGUUGAUAGACCAUGGGCAGACUCGCACCCGCACAGUCCAGCUUCUCAAUAUAGGCGCAAGCACCUGUAAUUUUUGGGCUUGUUAGCUCAUGUCGAAGGGGGAUUGCGCUCGCCUUCUCCAAGAGUUAAUGCAGACCACAGGGGGAUUGCGCUCGCCUGUGGUCGCGGGACCCAGCAACGAAGUGGGAUUGCGCUCGACUUCGCUGCUUGUGGCACGAUGCACCAGCUCAAUGACAGAGGGGGAUUGCGCUCGCCUCCGCAUUGGCGCGUACGAAGGGGGAUUGCGCUCGCCUUCGUCGCCGUCGUUGACACAAACGUGCCCUUCCAGGAAAGAGGGGGAUUGCGCUCGCCUCAACCUAGGAGCAGUCAAAGUGGGAUUGCGCUCGACUUUGCUGCUGUUGUUGGCACGACGCACCAGCUCAAUGACAGAGGGGGAUUGCGCUCGCCUCCACAUUGGCGCGUACGAAGGGGGAUUGCGCUCGCCUUCGUCGCCGUCGUUGGCACAAACGUGCCCUUCCAGGAAAGAGGGGGAUUGCGCUCGCCUCAGUCUGGGAACAGUCGAAGGGGGAUUGCGCUCGCCUACGCCGCGAUUAGCUUUUAACAAAGGGCGCGGGCAGCAUUGCACUCACCUUCGCUGCCCUGGGCUCACCGGGGGAUUGCGCUCGCCGAUGUGCCCUUCCAACAUAGAGGGGGAUUGCGCUCGCCUCUAGUUGGAGAGAAAAGAUAAGGAAGAAGAGGAAGAAGUUAGCGGGCGGAGGAAGCUAAAUACGAAGGAGUUCGUAUUUUUGUGUCACCGAUCUGGGUGGUCAGUGCACAACACCGGUGGCCCGCAAGCUCGGACUGUUCCUCGGCACGACUUCACCACAUCGGCCGUUAGGCCAGCCAAUCAGCAGCCCCGAUGUUGCCUUCACCACGGAUCUAAGGGCUCGCUGGACAAGUAAGAUUAGCUCGUCCAUUGUACGCACCUGCGGAAGGCCUCCAGGGUAGCUGUUGCGCACGUCGUUCUAUCCGGAGAAUUCCA